CAAGUGUCUACAUAGAAUACAUAUAAUAGCAAAGUGUAGCUUGCUAUUGGCUACUUUAUGUUUUGGUGAGCAGUAGAAGCUUUCCUCUUCUCUUAAGUUUCUGUUUGUAUCAGUCAGUCAACACCAAUGCUCACUCACAAUCUUCAAUAACAUCUAAGAAAAGGUCCAAAUGUCUGUGUUUCUUGAAAUCCUGAAGUGUAUUCUUUGUUGUGCUGAAGACGACAAUCAAGAUUCGAGGAGAUAUGAGGCUUUACAGACAACCCGAGAGACACCGAGUAGUUCUCGUUUCAAUGAAAAGCUUACAUUUGAUUCAGGGUCUUCAGCAAAACAAUCAUCAACACAUGCUGAGUCAGUGUAUAAUGUAGUUACUAAAUCUAAUAGUUCUACCAAAUAUUUACCUGUAUCUUCCUGUAGUCCGCCCACUUCUUCCUAUAGGCCACCGCAACCGGAAACAAUUGCAUCUAUCUCAAGGACAACUAUAUCGAGGUUGAAAGUCCAAGUCCCUGCAGACAAAAACCCAAUUUACAGUGGUUCGGAAAAACCAACUCCAGUUUUGCCUAAUCUUCCGAAUCAGCAGACAAAAGCCAACUUUACGGAGGUUCAGAAAACUACCUCUCCUUCAUUUGUUGCACCUGAAGUUUCUUCUAGGUCUUCUCCAUCUUCUAAGAAACUUCAAGCUUCGGCUUCCUCGGGUAAAGCUAUUUUGGUUCCUGAUCUUUCUCUUACCCAAUGCUUAUCGGGUAAGGAUGGAAAGCCUACCUAUACGAUUCCCAAGGAUGUAAAGGAUUUGUUUGAAAAGGAUGAAGUUCCUGAAGUUCUAAAAGGGCCAUUGUCUAAAUCAACAUACAAGGACUAUUUUGCUGCACUUCUGUAUGCAGAGGACUACUAUCUCGAGAAAUGGAGCAAGUUCAAUUUGUCGAAUAUCACUUUCAAGUUGCAAGCGCCACACUCUAAAGAGCGAGAUAUAAUCUUUCAAGAGUCAUGGUUUAGCCAGACCUCUGAAAAGGAUGAUAAAACCUUUUUUAGAUUUGAGAUUAGCUCGUCACUCAAGGAGCGGCCAUUUCUUUUAUCAAGGGACUUUGUUUUUGCAAUACCUUCAGGAAGCAACAUGAAGCCAUUUCAGGGUAAUAUUUAUCGCGUGGAGAAAAGCACUACUGUACUAGUCAAGUUUGAUAAAGAAUUUCACCGUCAGCACCACUCUACCAGGAAAUAUGAUGUUUCAUUCGGUUUUAACAGAGUUUGUUUGAAAAGGUGUCAUCAAGCAAUCGCAGCUGCAUCGAAUGAGUUAUUCAGAAACUUCAUUUUUCCUGAUUAUGACUUCAGAAGGAGCAUCCUCAGCUUAACACCGCCUUUUUGUAAUCAUAACCUUGAUUUAGAUCAAAGGUCUGCAGUUUCUCAUGUCUUAAACUGUCAGGGUCCACCACCUUAUCUCGUCAACGGCCCUCUUUGUGCAACAAGGGAUAUUUUUGAAUUAUCAAGAACUGGACUAGUGGUUAAAGAAGCAGUACUUGACAUUUAUCAAAGAUCUCCGAAGCACCGGAUUCUUUUAUGUGCGCCAAUUAACAGCACAUGUGACCUUCUGAACAAAAAACUGAACAAGUACAUGCCGGAUUCUGAUAUAUUUCGAGCGAAUGCUGCAUUUCGAGAUAAAGACGACGUGCCGGAAGAUAUUCUUCCGUCGUGUCUAUACAAAUAUCAAGAUGAAUACUUUGCUGUUCCUAAAUUUGAGGAACUCCAGAAAUUCAGAGUGGUAAUAUCUACUUAUAUGAGUAGCUUUCGGCUGCGUAAUGUAGGCAUCACUCCUGGUCAUUUUAGUCAUGUUUUUCUGCUGGAUGCCUCAUCGGCUACUGAGCCAGAAGUAAUGGUUGCUCUGUCCAGUUUAGCCGAUGAGAGCACAACUGUCAUAGUCACCGGUGCACCCGGAAAUCGGCCAGGUUGGGUGCGAUCUAGUGUUGCAAGGACUAGAGGACUCAGGAUAUCAUACUUUGAAAGAAUUAACUUGAGAGAUCCAUAUUAUAGUGAUGAUCCCAUGUUUAUCACAAAUCUGUAAUCCAUAUUAUAGUGCCGAAAGAAGCCAAUGUUGGUCAUCUGUUUAAUCUGCAUGCAAUUGAGGGAAAAACUGUACUAUUUGAGUGUGUGAAUUUUUCUGAAUUUGGUAUUUGAGUGUUUGAAUUUUUCUGAA